GCGAUUUGAGUGUGGAUCGGAAACUUGUAUAAAACGCUGCGCUUUCUGGGAGGAAAGCAUCAGUCUUCAAGUAGCUUUUUCAAGUAGUGUUUCAGUGCUUCCAACCACCCAGGAGAUCCAAGAUGUUCAAGAUCAUCGCUUUGGUUGCCUGUUUGGCCGUUGUUGCCUCGGCUCAGUACUACGGAGAACAUCACGGCCAUCACGCUGUGGAGCACAAGGAACACCACCACGAGGAACAUCACGAUCAUCCCAAGUACAAGUACGAGUACGGAGUUAAGGAUGGGCACACCGGAGACCACAAGAGCCAGUGGGAACACCGUGAUGGGGAUGUCGUCAAGGGAGGAUACACCCUGGAUGAAGCCGACGGUACCCACCGUGAGGUUGAGUACAAAUCCGACCACCACAACGGUUUCCAGGCCCAUGUUAAGCGCGUCGGCCAUGCCCAUCACCCACAUGGCGAGAGCUACGCCAACGUUGACCAGCACCACUAAAGUGUUCCGGCGACGGGUGGCAAGACCCAAGCGGAAAUCCUUCAAGUUCCUAUUGCCACGUUUUGUACCUUGUUGUUAGAAUGUGAUUCUAUUGCAGAAUACGACUGAUUUUAAAAACAAUACAAUCGCACCACUUCCAUAUUACCAAAA